ACAAGCAUUUUAUACUCAUCCCCGAGAAACUUUGCAAGGAAUUAUUUUUUAUUUUAUUUUUUUUUAUUUUCAUAUAACACAUGAAAAACAACUAUAGAAAUUCGUGGCUAUCGCCUUGAUAUCUUGAAUUAAACUAUGACAUUUAUAGCAACGUGACACCAACACUGCAAACUUUGAUAAUACAAAACAACGCUAAAGAGACGAAGGAUUUUUAAAUUAUCAGGGGAAUCUGUUCGACAAAACACACGAGUUUUGUCCGACCGUGAAAGGCACUCGAAAAACCCCACCGUGCCUCUGGCAUCCCGCGAUAAGUACCCGUAUAGGCGUGGAGAGGUUGAGUACUGUCGGGACAGUUGUUAACUUGUUAGUGCAUUGGUUACUGCCCUUGGAAAAACUGUCCGAACUGUCUGUCUAGUGCACAGCGUUUCGCUGGUCCAAAUUAAUUCGGAUCAAUCACGCUGCGAUGUCUUCGCCCGUAGCGGCUCCACCCCCUCCCCCGCACCGGGAUUCCAUGAGCACCCCUACCCCGACGUCCGUAGGAUCACCGCCAAUCACGCCGGCAGUCACCAGUACUCCAAGAACUUCGUCCUCACAAUCGAACCUCCCGGAUUAUGUUCAGACAUUAACGGUCAGAGAUGCCAACGGCCAAGUGAGAGAACUGGUGUUUCCCAAAGGACUGGAUCUGGACCGCCCGAAGAGAGCGCGAACGACGUUCACUUCGGAUCAGCUGGCUGCCCUGGAGCGGGAGUUCCGCAGAAACCAGUACCUGGUCGGCAGAGAACGCUCCCUGUUGGCAAGCAGGCUGGGGCUGUCGGAAACGCAGGUGAAAGUGUGGUACCAGAACCGCCGGACGAAGCACAAAAGAGAUCGAGAGAGAGAACACGAAGCGCCAACGACGGUACUGGCAUCAAGUGGUUCACUGCCGCCAAUAUCUCGGGCUCUUUUGCCACCCAUGCCACCCGCACAGACCAUCAGCACGUCCCUUUUCACGUUCACUCCAACGCCCACUUCCACUCUUGCUUCUACGACUGCCAGCAUUCACGCCAUUCCACCCAAGAUGUGUCAGACGACGCCGUCUCUGGCUGACAUCACGCCCAUAACCCCCGUCGCAGCCGAGGUGCGCAACGCCAACCUGGAACGGUGUGGACCCGACGUCUCGGAAGACCAGGAGAGCCGGAAUCCAGCCACUCCACCCGAACGAAAGCAACCAUCGCCCAAGUUAAAUAGGUCCUUGGGCGGCUUAGAAUACUCCCUCGGGGUGGGUAGUAUGGGCGGGCCUAUGGGUGGCAUGACGAAGGCUGGACUCACCUCAGCAGCUCAUGCCCUCGAGAUGUCCUUCUCGAAAAGCAUUCCAAGUUUUCUGGGGUCGUUUCACUCAGUGCCUCCUUCGGUGGCACCGUCUGCAUUCCGUCCUCUAUUCCAGCGCCCGUUGCAUCACCCACUGGCUCUGCAGCACCAUGCUAUGGCGCGCCCUCACCCAACAUGGCUGCCGUGAAUGAAAAGGUCCAGUCUCAUGAAAAUCCUCAUGCGAUGGAACAUUACUGCUCUCUCGGUAGCCUUCAGUUUUUUAGUCUUAGUUUUAUCCAGCUGAGUGCACAUUUACCAUUACUUUUUCGCUGUUACAAUCACCACUGUUUCCAACAUACAAUAGCUGUUACCAAUACAUUUCAAAAUGAUCCCAAAAUUUAGGGUAAAGUUUUUCUGUUGCUCUUAAAUUGUAUAAAAAAAAAAAAAAAAAAAAAAAUAUCAUAAAAAAAUUCACUUAGCGAUAAUUUUUGUCCUCAAAUACCAAUUUCAGUUUGCGUGACUUAAGUCAAUUGGCCAGGAUUGGAUCGAAACGUCUUAGAAGGUUUGUAUCAAUGCGACGUGCCUUAUCUUUUGCUUUCCAUGUAUAUCAGUCGUAGUCUGUAACCCAUGUAAAUAUAUAAAUAUAAUGUAUCUAACUCCGAUAAAAAGAUGUGCCUUUUGUAAAUAUGAUUUCAGUGCAAAUGUUUGUAUUCAUUACUUUUAAUAUUCAUCGGCAUAUGAAAGUUAGGUAGCAAUGAUUUUGUACCUAGGGUUCAGGAAACAGAUUCAAAUAAACUGAUAAAUGAACGGAACCGAUUCCAUCCUGUAGGUACAGGCAUUGAAUAACUUUUCCCUUAUGGCGUGCACGAAGACUAUGUCGUCAGUGAUUAAGGCAAGUAAUUAUACAAAUCACAGUUUAAAGAAGGGUACCACAAUAAUCAUACCACUAUUAAAACCCCCCUAAUAGUACCAACGGUGAUAAUAUAUAAUAAUAAUAAUAUUCCCAGACCCGUUAAAGGUCCAAGUGAGCAGGGAAGCAUCAAUCGGCGCUGAAGGACCAUUUAGCGUCUAACCGUCGAGGGCCUGACGAAACAAAAGGCGUUCUCACGAUCGCAAAUUUAAUGCUCUUUCAAACGACCAUCCGAUUUGGGUCCAUUAACCACCAAACCACUCGGAAAUUAAUCGUCUAACAAGCCGUGGUGGAUUUUCCGGAAACGACGGCGUCGCGCCUCCGUUGGAUACGAUUGCUCGAGUGCCCGAAGGGUUGUUGCCUGAAGAGAGGUCAUUAGAUUUUCGAUCUUAUGAGGACCCGCCGGGUAGCUGUGUAAUGGU